UUGACAGGGCACAGUCAGGCAGAGCCCGCACUCCAGCUUAGCGUUCAGUUAGGCACAGACGCCCCUCGGCCCCUCUCCCACUCUCUUCCGGACGUUUUUUGUUGGUGCCGCCGAACAGCAAAUAAGCAGCCAUGGAUGCCAUCAAGAAGAAGAUGCAGAUGCUCAAGCUCGACAAGGAGAAUGCCUUGGACAGAGCUGAGCAGGCUGAGUCAGACAAGAAAGCAGCAGAGGACAGAAGCAAACAGUUAGAGGACGAAAUAAGAGAGUUGGAAAAGAAAUUGCGCGUUACUGAAGACGAAAGAGAUAAAGUGUUUGAGGAGUUCCAAACUGCUGAGGAAAAGCUGCUGACCGCUGAGGAGGUCGCCACCAAGCUUGAGGACGAUUUGGUAGCUCUGCAGAAGAAGCUGAAGGGAACUGAGGAUGAGUUGGACAAGUACUCUGAGGCUCUUAAAGAUGCCCAGGAGAAACUUGAGCUGGCUGAGAAGAAAGCCACCGAUGCUGAGGGAGAUGUCGCUUCCCUUAACAGACGUAUCCAGCUGGUUGAGGAGGAGUUGGAUCGUGCUCAGGAGCGUCUGGCCACUGCCCUGACCAAGCUGGAGGAGGCAGAGAAGGCUGCUGACGAGAGCGAGAGAGGCAUGAAGGUCAUUGAGAACAGGGCCAUGAAGGACGAGGAGAAGAUGGAGCUGCAGGAGAUCCAGCUGAAAGAGGCCAAACACAUCGCUGAGGAGGCUGACCGCAAAUAUGAGGAGGUGGCCCGUAAGCUGGUCAUCAUUGAGGGUGACCUGGAGCGUACAGAGGAGCGCGCUGAGCUGUCAGAAAGCAAAUGCUCUGAGCUUGAGGAAGAGUUGAAAACUGUGACCAACAACCUGAAGUCACUGGAGGCCCAGGCUGAGAAGUACUCACAGAAGGAGGACAAGUACGAGGAGGAGAUCAAGGUCCUCACCGACAAGCUGAAGGAGGCUGAGACUCGUGCUGAGUUCGCUGAGAGAUCAGUAGCCAAGCUUGAGAAGACCAUUGAUGACUUGGAAGAGAAACUGUCACACGCUAAAGAAGAGAACCUCGAUAUGCACCAGAUGCUGGACCAGACUCUAAUGGAACUGAAUAAUUUGUGAAAGCACAGUCUGACCCCCCCCCUCCACGCACUGUGGUUUUGGCUUUUUGUACUUGCACCUUGCUUACCCCUCUUCUCGUACCUUGCCCAUGGUGGAGAGCAAACAGCCAGAUGCUAUUCCUUUUGCACCGUCCUGCCUUCAGUGGAACUCGACCAAGGAACAAAGCUAAAGGGAAGUAAAAGCUUAACCAUUCCCUUUUGAUGAAGCCUAAACUGAGAAACACCAUUGUUUUCGCAAGCCAGUUCUUAUCUUGUAAUAAUGUCUGCCUUUUUUUUUUCUUUCUUUUUUUUAUUUUGCUCUGGUGAAAUGACAUGUGCCAUUAGUUACAAAAAUUGUUGUCCACAUCUGCAUUGAAGCUGAUCUGGUACGUUCCAUUCCACCCUGUUAAAUGCACAUACCAAAGGAUAAAGUGGAGAAAUUUUGCACUUAAUUAAACCUCAGCAUUAUGCACAUAUUGCAUACUGUAAGACAAACUAUGUUUAAAAAACAAAUACAAGCCCUCCUCCCAGAAAAUUUCCUCUCAAAUGUAAGUAUGCAUCGGCUCUGCCUGUCAGUAUGUAUACUGGUGCUACUGUAUUGUUAAGCAAUGACAGAAAAAUGCUAAUGCAUUACAGUAUAGUCUUAGAAUUCUUUAAAAACAUUGCUCAAAAUUUUUUCAACUUGUCUAUGAUUUCAGUCAUUGGUUGUGCAUUGUUUUAGCAUUAUUUUAAUGUAGAUGUUUCAAGUGUUUAUCAUAUCUGAAAUGUACAAAUUAUGACUAUAAAAUAAAAGCACGUUUUGAAAGUUU